AUGUCUUCACUGAGGUCGAGCCAUGAUCUGAACACUGAUGCUGGGGCAAGCACUAAGAACAAAUGCCGUAAAUUUAUAAUAAUGGAUAAGGACUCAAGUUUCAACUUGGGAAAUACCAUCAAGAACAAGAACUUCGAGAAUGAUCUUCGUAACUCUUUGAACUUAAUGGGAGUCAAAUCCUUGAAUCGUAUCAGGUUCUCUAAAUAACCAGAAAUCAGGGAGGAACACAGGUCACGGGACAGUGAAACAGAAAGGAUCCCGGAUUAAGUUUGUCAAGAAACAUAAGAAGGCUACUGGCCCUCUGAGUCUUUAUGAGGGAGAGAAGCCUCUGUCUCCAAGGUUUGUCCCUAAUGAUAAUCUCAAGUCUCCUUUUAAACAGAGAAGAAAUCUUAGGAAUAAUGAUAAUAACUCCCUAGGCAGGAGACUUCCCAGGAUUAGUCUCCGAGAAAUCGAGGAUAACAAAAGAUGGCGAUCUCUCGGGAAAAGAGACCCGACUCAGUUCUCAGCUAAAUCAGAAGAACCAGAGAAGUCUAUUAAAGUUGAUAAUACUGAAGAAGAAUCGGUCACAACAACAAAUAAAAUCCCUCGGUCUCGGAUUAUCAGUAGUGCGAAGUCUCCUAGACGAGGAAAGCUACAAUCAUUAUUCAAAAAUUACUUGAUCGAUAGAUGAAAGAACAAAUUUUUCAUUGAUUCCUUAUGUCUCAAAAUAGAGGCUUUAUUCGGUGAGAAAUAUACAAAAUUAGAGGAAAUCCAUAUGCAAGAGCUUCAUAAAUAAAGAUGAGGAAAUUACUAAUUUUAAGACACAAUUGAAUAACUUAGAAGUCAAACUCAAGAGUCAAAUUGAUGACAUACAGGUUGAUCAUCAAAAGGAGCUUGAGGAAACCAAAUAAACUAAUCCUCACUGAGGAGGACAUUCAAGCUAAGUUCAAUCAGCUCAGGACUCAGAGAAUGAAAGAAUGAGAGAAGUGCAAAGAUUUCAGAGAGAUUUGCCAAGCUGACUCUGACAUUUUUGACGAUUUAAAUAAAUAAAAUUGCUCUUAAAGAUCAGAAGAUCGAAGAGUUGCAAGACUUGAUCAAUAAACUAGCCAAAGAGACACAAUUUUCAUACAAAAGUCAUCAAGCAUUACUUGAAAAGGCAAAGAAUGCACUUGGAAAUAAAUUUGACUAUGUAGAGCAAGCUCCUGUGAUUCAAUAUGAUGAGGAUAACCCUACAAAUAUAGUCAAUGUGUUCAUAUUCCCUAAAUCUAUGAAGCCUGACUCUGAUAGUAUCCUCGAGCUAGAAGAGGAUAUCAAUAGGUUCAUUUCAAUUAAUCUUACCAAAGACCCUCAUGAGUCUUUAAGCUGCGCACAUAUUAUGUCUAGUCAUGGAGAAAUGACCUUCGAUAUUGCCAAUGAGAGUUUUAAUAAAAGCUUCUACAGCCGCCUAGAAGUUCCAAUGGAGAAAUAAACUGCAUAAUGCCUUCCUACAGCCUAAAGAGGAUGAACCAGAUGAGGUCUUUGAACCUUUGGAUCAAAUGAGUAGCUUUACGUCAGAAGAACUUACCAGCACAGAGGAAGAACAUAAGGAGAAGCUGAGUAUGAUCGAAAAAUACAGAGAUAUCAUCAUCUCCAAGUGCAAGGAUACCAGCGAGAAGUUAAUGCAGAACUACAAAUCUGAUCUGAAGAAACAUUUCGAAAAGUUCUUUUACAGAGCACAGAAGAUUGAUAAAAUCAGGAAGCAGUUUUAUAAAACUGACCUGUACAAACAGAAAAUCAGGAAGAAAAAGUCUUAUGGAAAAAGUCAUGACUAUAUUGAGGCUAAAGGACAGCUAUCAGGAUCAGCAAUGUCUAAAGAGACCUUACUUCGUAGCUCAACUAUGGUGGAAACCAUAGGUACUGUGAAAAUGGUCAACUCUGAUACUCUUCAAAAGACCCAUGCUGAGCUAGUUCAGGAGAAAUUUGAAGAUAUUUAUAAGAUACUGGUGGUUAAAAUUUUGGAAUCCUUCUAUAUUUUCAAUGUGAUGAACAAGACAAACCUGAAUGCUAAUUCAAGGAUGGAUCGAAUCUCAAGGUCUUUUAUCAGUGAUUUCAGGCCAAGAAUCAUGAAAAAUACACGAUUUUUAAAGGACUUUGAUGUCUCGCUGACUCAUUCUUCAGUAGGGGUACAGACAGAAACAGUUCUGGGAGAUGUAUUCAAAUUAGCACACUGAGACACUGUGAGCUACAAUAAAGGAUUUCCUACAUCUUCUAGCUCAGACGAAAUAACUCAAAAAAAAUGUAUCACAAAGGUAGUCAUAAUGAAACAUAAAGAGAAUGCAGUGGUUCGAGAAUAUUCUUACCAACCAUUAAACCCAGAGGUUAAUUCUGAGCCAGAACGGAUUCUAAUCAAGCCCCUUGCUAAGCUGAGUGAUUUGAAUAACCAAAUUGAGAAGAAGAAUUUAGUCUUAGAAGAGAUUAACAAUAGAAUAGCACUUUAUCAAUGUGGUUUAUUAAGUCAGAUAAAUGAGGAAAUGAAGAAGGAUAGUAGUAUUUGAAGAAUUGAUCUCAGAGUUGCUUAUGAGCAGGGAUACCAGCAUGGCUUUAAUGAUGGAAGAUUUAAGCAGAUAGUUGACCAAAAGGUUGACCCAGAACAAUUCAGAGAAGGACUUAAAGAAGGCUGGGAUAUAGGCUUCAGUGAUGGUAAAAUUGAAGGCAUCAGAACUAUUUUUAAAGACGCUAAAAAGCAAGGAGUUGACCUCCUUACAAAAUCUAUAGACGAUUAUCUUAACGACAGCUUUAGGUUUAAUAAUGUGAAAUAUAUAUUAAAAUAAGCGAUUAUUUUUCAAAGAUUCUUCAUCGUCAGCUGCAGCAAAAUUCCAGUCUAUCUACAAAGAAUACCUGUCUUUCAGUAAUUCAAAGAAAGCCAAAUAUUCAGAUAAAAAUCCAAAGAAUUUGCUUAAAUUUAUUGACAAAAUUUACACAAAUAAGUUCAAAAGCUCAGUGAAAGAGAUAUCUCUUGAGGAUGUCAUCUUCACUACCUUUGGGUCACUCAAAAUGACUGAGAGGAAGAUCCUAAAUGUGUUGUGAACCAUUAAUACUUUCCAGAAAAACAACUUCAAAAUUCAACUUUUCGCAAGAUUCCUUGGGAUCACUGACCGAAACUACAACCAAGAAAUUCUAGAGUUGUUCUUUAAAUGACUGGAAAGGCUAAAGUCACUGUUCAUUACUUUUGAGGAUUACAAACCAAACACUAAGAUUAGCCUGACAGAAGCAAUUCUAUUGUAUCAGAAAAUGUACCGAUCUCAGCUGCCGCUUGAAAUUUUCCAGAAGCUUAAAGUAUCAAUCGAAAAUAUGGUUGAAUAUAAGAGCGAAUUUAGUAGGAGAGACCUUAUUGGGAUAGAUUUGAACCAAUACCUUGAUUUCAUUAUCAAGGUUUUCUUAAAAUACAAACCACACCUAUCACCAAGAUAUUCAUUCAUUUUCAACGGUUGGACGCUAUUUGACUCUAGUUACAUAACAUGGACUGACUUCUGAGACACAAUCAGAAUCUUCGCAGAUGAUGAGAAAAUAGAGAUCCUUAGUGAUAAAUAUGACAAAUGUGGAGAUCUCAAGAAGGGAUUCAUGACCCUGAAAGAAUACAAGAAAUAUUGCCUCAAACAACUGGGGUAUCGAUACGGCAAUGAUAAAAUCCAAAUAAAUAAAGAUAUUUUUAGGAAACUUACAGAGAAUACUAACUUAUUCACCAAUGAGGUGGCAGAGAUGAUUUUACUGCAUGCGAAUUAUUAUGGCACUACCAGUGAGUUCCAGCAGUGGUAUUAUACCUGCACUGAAGAAGAAAUGUAAGCACUUUGGGUCUCAUUUAUAGGUGGCACAAGAUGGUAAUCUCACUAAGAUCUCUCGUUAAUAAACUAUAGUCAAAAAUAACUUCAAAGAAGUUGACCAGAGAGGUUACUAAUAGAGAGAAAAUUUUAAGAAUGAAGAAGAAAGUCGAGAAGCUUGAGAAAUGCUUAGAUUCAUAUGGCUUUAAGGACCCCAGUGCAAGUGUUGCUUCCCCUCUGGACCCGAGUCUGAGUAACUUGGCGCUGAUCAUGC